AUGCGGCAAAAUGGAGAUGAUGAUGAUGAUUGGACUAAGCUUAGCUACAGUAUUCCAGUGAAUUGGAUAGUGAAGGAUGGUGGCUCGAGGAAACAUUUGGUUUACAACCCGCCUAAAUGGGCCAGCUCUAAUAAAGUGAACUACGGGUUGAGUUUGGACGUGAUAAUGAAUGGUCAACUUCUCAGCAAUAUUUCGCUAGACAACAAAUCUUAUUACAUAAUUGGAUCAUUGCAAAACUCCGAUGUGUAUUAUCCUAGUGCACAGGUAUCACGGAGCCAUGUUGUUUUGCAGUAUCACAGGGAUAAACGCCUGUUAGUUAUGGACUUGGACUCGAAAUAUGGCACAAUUUUGAACGGCAAAAAACUCGAAACACUAUCCUAUUAUCCGUAUAAUGUGGGAGAUCAGCUAAUUUUGGGGACUCCAGAUAUUAAUCGUCGUAUUUUUGUACUCAAUGGACCCUCGCAACUCAUAAUACCCCCAAUUAAAUUGCACAAGUUGGAGCAAAAAACGCAAAAUAAAGGUGGGUUUAAAAGUGGAAAUAAAAAAAGUAAGGAGAAGUUAGAUGCGGAAGUUAAUAGUGUGUGUGACGUGUGUUAUGAUAUGUUUGACGAGGAUGAAGAAUUUUUCGAUCGCACAAAUACUAGUGGAAAUAUGAGCGAUAAAAAGAGGAAGGUGAGGCAUAGCGCUGAAUCUUUAAAAUACGAUAUUGCCAGGUUGGGAGAGCAAGAAAUUAAUGUGUUUAACCGAUGGUACAAGUUACUGCGUACCCAGUACAACCCCAACGGGGGUGUUUGUGAUGAAACUGCACUAGAUUUUAAAAUCGAGUUGGAGCAAGAUAAAAUUAUGCUACAACAAGAAUUAGAUGCAUAUAGAUUAGAAAUGUCUAGAUUUAUUAAACUCUUAGAGAUCGCAACUCUUUGA